AUGGUGGUGCAGGUUCAAACCCGUAUCCGAUCCAACAGCAGUAAUAGUCACAGUAACAAGAGGAUGGAGGGACACCAGCACAAACUGGAGGCCAAUAUUUUACUGCUCGGAGCCGAAAACGUCGGGAAAUCCGCACUAACAGUACGUUUCCUGACUAGAAGAUUCAUAGGAGAGUACGGCGAUAUAGAAUCUAUAUACAGUCACCAUGAUAAGAUUGACGGACGUGACAUCUGCUUCAACAUCUGGGACUCGAUCUGUCCACAGAAUGGUGAAGACUUAAGUCACAUCAGCGACCGGCAGCUCCAGUGGUCAGACGGCUUCAUCCUGGUCUACAGCAUCUGCGACCGGACGAGCUUCAGCGUGGUGCGGCAGCAGGUCCAGCGAAUCCGCCGCGCCCAGCAGAAACUGUCCGUCUCGGCGCCGGUCAUCAUCGUGGGAAACAAACGGGACCUCCAGCACGGGCGCACGGUGUCCAGCGAAGAGGGGCGGCUGCUGGCGCUGUCGGCCGACUGCGGCUUCUUCGAGAUCUCGGCGGCCGAGGCCUACCACGGCGUGCUGGUGGUGUUCCACGAACUCAUCGAGCUCAUCCGGGAGGCCAGGGCGCUCAAGAAGGGGGCGGCGGGGUUCAAGGGCAUCGUCAGGAGCAUGUCGGCGGUUUUCGGGAGGAAGAGGACCGAGUAGGUUUUCCUCAGGAGGAACCAUGUGAGGAGUCCAUAUUGGACUGUCGGGUAUUUUUUGGACAGUCGGGAUUUGAACGUUCUAGGAAGGUUUAAAUUCAGAGACGUUUUGGGGACUUGUUGUACGAUGGAAGACUUCAGAGACUCUUUGUUUGUCCCUGUGCAGGACAGAUCUGUGGAUUUUUAUCAUAAUAUUUCAUAAAAUUAAAUCCCUUCAUGUUGGAUUUGGUCCCACAAUCUAAAAACCUUAGUGACCCGCCCUGGUCCCACUACCUACCUGAUCAGCUCCUCAGUAGAGAGGAUUCUAAUAACACAUGGAGCUCAUAAUCAGAUUAUUUAGACGCUCUACUUAUUACAUCACUGCAGAGGGGUAAAACUGUCCCUGAUGCCCCAAUUCACAAAUAAACGACACUUGUAUAAUUACACCUUUAUACAGAUUAAACAUCAACAAGAAUUUAUUUACAUUCGAAAGGAACUCUGUUGGUUGCUCCGCAUUGAUUCGUCGCCACAUUUGUCAUUGUUUUUUGUGAGAAGAGUCGUGCCGCACUGAAUGCUGGGAUUGAUCUUCAGCGCUGAGGAGGCGUCGGACGCGCCCUCGUCAUUCAGUCAGAUCAUCACUCAGAAUUAAGGCGCCUCAGUAGGAGCAUUUUAAGGGAGCUAAGGAUUUAGACACGCCCUCUUCUCUCAGGAGUGUAGGAUGAUGAGAAAUCCAGCGUCCCAAAAUUUACUUGGAGGACAAAAUUAGGUAGACUUUCAUUUACAUUUUCAGCAUUUAGCAGACGUCUUGAUCCAAAGCGACGUACAGCACUGUGACAGUAUACAGUCUGAGCAAUUAAGGGUUAAGGGCCUCGCUUAAGGGCCCAACAGUAAGAGCCUGACAGUGGUGAGGCUUGAACCAGUGAACUUCUGAUUACUAGUAAAGUACCUGAACCACUAGGCUGAACCACAGCUGCAUUAUGUUGUAUGUUGUUACAUUCAUUAUCUUGUUGAGUUAAUUUAGUCUCAGCAAACUGAUAAACAUCACAAACAUAAAAGACGUUUACACAGUUCUCUCAUCUGUACCAAACUGAACCAUCACUGAUGUGAAAAUCAAACCAAACCGAAAUCUGGUGUGACCGGGUCUCUGUACCCCCACAUACCGGUAAAUCUGUGGGUUUUCUGAUCAUGAUUCAGUUUCUUGUUGCUUCAUUAUAAGCUGUAAGUUCAGGAUUAGAAUGAAUUCUGCCUCAUUUUCACUGCUCUGUAAAUACUGUUUAUAAGAGAGACUUUAUUAAA